AUGAGGGAAGCCAGCGAAUUGAAACUCAUGCAGCUAAAGCAAGGGUUCAUGACUGUAGCAGAGUAUACUAGCAAGUUCAAAAAACUAUGUAAGUUCUCAAGGAUUUGUCAGGGUGCUCCUGAGUCCUCUGAGAGCUGGAAAUGUAUCAAGUACCAAGGAGGACUUAAGGAUGGUAGCAUGACUCCUAUGGCUCCAUUGGAGAUAAGGAGAAUCUUUGAACUAGUGAACAAAGCAAGAGUUGUGGAGGAAUGUGCCAAGAAGACAGCUUUGGCAAGAGAUUCUCGUGGUUGUACCAGUAUCCAGGAUCGUGGGAAGUAUUUUCCUCAAAGGGGACAAAACUUCAAAAAGGGUGGACAUGCCUCUCAGCGUUCUCAAGGUAACUUAAAAGGGACCAAUUGUGACCAGUAUCCCCUAGCGAAAGGGAGAGGUGUGUGCUAUUCUUGUGGGCUGCCUGGACAUAUAGCCAACAAUUGCCCUCGUAGCAGAAAGCAAAAUGCAGAUCGAUUUCAACAGCAAGGUUAA